CUUUGACUUACUGACAACUUGAAAAGGAUAUGGCUGGUUUCUCCACAUUCAUCAUCUUUACCUCUGUCCUCUGUCAGCUCUCAGUGACAACAACUUCUGGAACUCUGAAGGAGGUGGUUGGUGCCCUUGGCGGAUCUGUGACCUUCACUCUGAAUUUCACAGAGUUUCACACUGUUGUAUGGACAUUCAAUACAUUCUCUAUUGCCAUCAUAGCUAAGGACAAUGUCAUAGUGCUCCAAAAUCAUAACAAAGAAAGAAUAAUCUUCCCAGAUGGAAGUUCCCUGAAACUCAGCCAGUUGAAGAAGAAUGACUCAGGUGUCUACCGUGCAGAGAUCCACAGGACAUCAUUUCAGUCUCCCUUCACCCAGGAGUAUAAGCUGUAUGUCUAUGAGAAUUUGUCAACACCAAAAGUCACCAUGGAUGGGCAAGCAAACAAGAAUGGCACCUGCACAACCAAACUGACAUGCUCCAUGGAAGAGGGAGGAGACAAUGUGACUUACAGCUGGAAAGCCAUAGGGCAGGGAGUCAAUGAGUUUCAUGAUGGUGCCAUCCUCCCCAUCUCUUGGAAAUCAGGAGAGAAAGACAAGACCUUGAUUUGCAUGGCCAGGAAUCCCAUCAGUCACAGUUCAUCGGCCCCUAUCCUUGCCCAGAAUCUCUGUGAAGAUUCUGCCAAUGACCUAAGGUCAUCCAACUUCAUCCUAUACAUCCUACCAGGGGCCAUUGUGUUCAGUGUCAUGCUGGUGAUGACUAUUCCCUUUGCUAUUCGGACAGAGAGAAGGAAAGGCUCCAAGGGAGACACAGAGAAAGUGGACAACCACCAGGAAAAGCCCAACUUCUGUCCCCACUUGGAAGAUAAUGCAGAAUAUGGCACAAUCUCUUACAUUAACGAAAGGAGUCUGGAAGAUGAUGCAGCAAAUACACUUUAUUCCACUGUGCAGAUCCCCAAAGCGGUAAAGAGUCCCAGCUCCUUGUCUGCAGUGCCACAUAUGUGAAGGCCAUUAAGCUUUGAAAAUAUUAUCUAGACAGCAGUAUUCUCUCUUCUCACUCCAGAGAAAUGCAAAGAAUUCACUAUUCCCAGAAAAAAUGGAAACUUCUAUCACAGAUCAAAUGCAAAUGCCUCCCCACUAAAUCCACAUAUUUGCGUACAGAUGGUGAAGGCCAGGCUUGAGAAGUUUCAGAGAAUAAUGACUUUGGGGGGGUUGUGGUAGAGACCAUUCAUAUUCCAUUUAGUGGAGAAAUUUUCAAGACAGCACAACAUCUAGGCUGUGACACAGCCAUACUCCCUGUUUUUAUUCAUAUUUAUAAUAAGGAAUCAGAGCAAAGAAA